AUGAGAGCUAUUGUGGCAAUUUUAAUCCUAUCUGCUGUUUACGCUUUGGAAUGGGUCAAUUAUACAGUUACCUCUCUGAACACAGAAUAUAAAGAAAUCACUGGAAAAUCCGCAAAUCUCUAUCAAUUAAUAGACACAUUACACUCAUACGAUCAAUUAGUAAAUGGCUAUAAUCAUCAUCUUUUGCUUUUACUUACUCCCACCUCCUUGGGCUAACAAAAAAAUUUGUUCGCUGGGGUUAAUUUUUUUUAAAAAUAUUAAUAUAGAAAAUUUUUUCUCUCAAAAUUUAAAAAAAUUCCAAUUUGGAAAAAUUGAGAAGCAAAAUUAAUUUAAUUUGCCAAAUUUAUAUUCUAAAACGUAAGCUGUUUAAAAUUAAUCAGAAUUAGCUAGAGAUUUUCGUUAUAAUAAUUAUCAUUUAAUAUAAAAUUUUUUUUGUAUCAUAAAAAAAAAACUUUAAAUUAAAAAAAUUAUGUUCAUUUUUCUAAUGGUUUUGUUCGCUCACGGUGGGGGGAGAGUUAAUAACACAAGCACUGAAAGUCUUUCUAUGCAUUUCAUUUGUGUAUACAGCGAUUUCAACGAAACAGAUAUUGAAAUAACUGAUCACACAGUCCCUGAAAUGACCCUUGAUUCCAAAUCUGACGACAUAAUUGCAAAUGCCCUCUCAAAAAGCAUUAAAAAACCAAAAGCCAAACUCUCCAAUCUUACAGUAUACAGACAAGAUAUUAAGUUCCCUUCCUAUGGAGUUGGUAAUAUGACUGAAGCAAUUAACUACACCUUAUACAGCUCAAUCGCUACUUAUCAAGGAAACGAAUAUAUAGUCUACGCCUCAAUCAGCAAAGACUCACUCCCCCCCCCUUUAAAUUGGAACAAAAUAUCGGUAAAAUUUCCACUUUUUUGGUAAAUUAACCCCCCUUUAAAUUGGAACAAAAUUUAAUUUUAUAAUAAAAAAAUAUAUAUAAUUUUUAUCUAAAAAGUUUUAAUAUAAAUUAAAAAUUUAGUUAUAUCUUGCUCUUUUUUAAAGAUAAAAGUAUAAAGAGCAUCUUAUUUAAUAAAAUUUAUUAUCCUUGAUUGUAAAUUUUUAAAAAAUUAAUUGUUUCUUUUUAAAAAAUUUUUCAAAAAAAAUUUUUGUUUUUUUGAUAAAAAUGAUAUUUUUUAUUUAAAUAGUUUUGAUAUAAAUUCAAUAGGAAUUCUUUAUAAAAUUUAAAAAUUUACUUAUUUCUUGCUUUAUUUUAAAGAAUAGAGUAUAUAAUAACAUCUUAUUUAAACAAAAUUAGCACUUUGAUCGAUAAAUUGUCUAAAAUUUUUUUGUUUUAAUUUUUUUUAUCAAUAAAAAUAAUAAUUUUUGUGUAAAUAAUUUUGAUACCAAUUAAUAGUGGCGUAUUAACUAAUAAUAAAAAUUUAGUUAUAUCUUGCUUUGUUUUAAAGGAUAAAGAGUAAAUAGCGUUUAUUAAACAAAUUUAUUAAUCUAAUUCGAUAAGUUUUGGAAAUUUUUUGUUUUUAAAUUUUUUAUAUAUUUUAUAAAAAAUUUUAUAUUAAUAUUUUUUUUAAAAAAAAAAAAAUUAAACCCCCCUUUAAAUUGGAACAAAAUUUUAGUUCCAAUUUAAAAGGGGGGGGAGUCAGAAAAAUACUACGCUUGGCAAACUGAUAACUCCUCCUCAAAAAAAUUCGGCUCCACUCUAUUUCCUAUCACAAUUACAGUCAUUAUCGCAGUCGUUGCUACCUUCCUCGCUCUUUAUGCUUAUGUCAGCCGCAGAGCAAUUCCUUUUGAAAAGCAAGUAGACACAGACCCCAGGACUCUCGGAGUAGAAAAGAACAUUGAAAGCGACAGAUAA